UUAUCUUCUCCUCCACUUUCUCUCUCUAACCUUCAUAAUAUUUCUUCUCUCUCUAUCUAUAUAUAUAUAUGCUUUAGCAUAUCUUUUUUUUAUAUCUCUCCAUUGUUUAGUCACAAUUCACAACUUAUAUCUUGUCUCUACUUUUUAACUCAAUUUGCUUCACUUCAAUUUCAUAAUUAAAAUCUCUUUAAUUCUCUCAAUUCUCUUCUCAAGAUUUCAAACAUGGCUGAUCCCUAUUCCAAUUACUUCAAUGGAUGGUAUACCCUUAACCACCUACACCACAUAUCUAAUAAUUCAUCAGCAUCUUCUUCAAAUCAAUCUUUAUACUCAUCCUACGGCUGUAACAUGUACUCAUCGUCUUUAUACUCAUCCUACGGCUGUCAAUCCUCAUCGCCGCCUUCUCCUCCGGCCAAAGAAGCGCUGCAACUCCUCAGUUUAAGCCCGACAAGGCACGAUCAUGACCAGAAAUCCUCCAUGGAAGUUGACAAGAACAAAGAUGAUGAUUAUUAUGAUGAAGCUGUGACUGUAGCCUUACACUUAGGGUUACCUAAUUCUAGCUCUGCUGAUAUGUUCUCAAAUUUGUCCUCUUCGACGGAGAUCUCAUCGGAAAAAGAGGAAGUUACCGUUGCUUCUGGUUAUAUUAAUAGUAGUCUUAAUAAGGGUCAGUAUUGGAUCCCUACACCAGCUCAAAUUUUGAUUGGUCCUACACAAUUUUCAUGUCCUCUUUGUUUCAAGACCUUCAACAGAUACAAUAACAUGCAGAUGCAUAUGUGGGGACAUGGAUCACAAUACAGAAAAGGGCCAGAAUCUCUAAGAGGAACACAACCAACAGCAAUGCUAAGGCUGCCAUGCUACUGCUGUGCACCAGGUUGCAGAAACAACAUAGAUCAUCCAAGAUCAAAGCCUCUCAAAGAUUUUCGAACACUUCAAACUCAUUACAAGAGAAAACAUGGCAUCAAGCCUUUCAUGUGCAGAAAAUGUAGUAAGGCAUUUGCUGUGAGAGGUGAUUGGAGAACCCAUGAAAAGAAUUGUGGGAAGCUUUGGUAUUGUACUUGUGGAUCUGAUUUUAAGCAUAAAAGGUCUCUUAAAGAUCAUAUCAAGUCAUUUGGAAAUGGACAUGCAGCUUAUGGUAUUGACUCCUUUGAAGAAGAUGACGAUCCUGCUUCUGAAAUUGAACAAGAUAAUGAAUCUACUCAGUGAAUCAAGAAUUUAAUAAGCAUUAAUUAGGUUACUUUGAGCCAUGCACUUCUUAAUCUUUCUAUUUUUGUCUAGUUAAAAUUCGGUAAUCUUGUGGCUUCCUGAAGCAUAAAAUGGUGGACCAAGUCUUCUGUUUUAGUAAUAUUAGAUCAAGUUUAUGUAAUUUUAUUUUACUUUAAUUUUUCCCUAUAUAUAUCUCUUUUUAUGAAUA